AUGGCCGACAAUCCAGAAGAGCCAUCGCAAAAUGCGCUGGCCUCGACGUUCCCCAACCCGCCGCCGUUCUGGAGAGACUUUACCCCGGAAAACGUCGCCAGGAUAGAAGAGCUGCGAAAAGCGCAAGCAGAAAAGGAUGGCGUUGCUGUCAAGAACUUGCCAGCCCGCAUACCAGAUGUUCCCGAAAGCCUCAUGAAUCUCCAACCUCCGGCUGAGCCGCCAGCAGGAACAUGGAAAGUCUUGGGCGGAAACUAUACGCUCGACGAUAAGCUUCCUUCUCUCGAGGAAGGUGAAAUCAAGCGAUUGGUACCGGCGCAUUCGGAGGAGAAGGACGGAAAGCAUCUCGAUCGAGCAUUCGAGCUCAAGAAAAUGGCCAAGUCUCUGCUGCUUAACUUUCUCGAGCUCGUUGCCGUCAUGGCUACGGUGCCAGACGACUCGAAGGCUGCUGCGAAAAUUGAAGAUUUGCGCACCAUCUUCAUCAACUUCCACCACGUCCUGAACGAAUAUCGACCCCAUCAAGCUCGCGAAUCGGCCAUUGCGCUGAUGCAAUCCAAUCUCGAUCGUACCAGAGCGGAAACAGCUGCGAUUCGAGCACAGGUUGACACGGCCAAGCGAGUUCUCGAGGGCUUAGGAAGCAUUGAUACACCGAAAGUACCAGAUAUCAUCAGCUCAGUCGUUGACGGCGAGCUGACUAGUAAAGAAGCGGAGACUUUUGCCCAGACAAGAGAGCAAGAAGUAUGGGGAGAGGCGGAUGCUUUGUUUCUUUAG